CGGCAUUCCCAGGCAAGCAUUUCAACUUAUCGAUAGUUUCAGCGUCUUGCAUUCUCCAUCCCUGGCAACUCCGCGCUUUGCAAUUUAAUUUUUAUAAAAUUCGUGGUAAAGCCAAUAAGACAGUUUUUAAAUCUAAGAUGGCCCACAAACUGGUUUACGAUAAUGAUCUCAUACACAUUACGGCAGAUCAGGAUGAAUUUAUCAAGAUUAACCAAGAUCAAGAGGAUUUCAAUGCAUCUGAGGAAGGGACGAGCAGCGACAUCCACGUUUUUGUGAAUAAAGAGGAUGAGCCUCAUGCACAGGAUUCCAACGCGGCUCAAGGAGACUUUGCCGUUUUGAUGGCAGCCAUUGAGACUUUCACAGCACAAGGAGAAGAAUCUUCUGGUGAUUCCCUAACCUCUCAGCCCCCAGCUCCUGCAGAUGCUUAUUCAGAAGGAUUUUUUGCACAAGAAGGCGAUGCUGUGGAGUUUGGCCAUGAGGUCUACAACGUGCUCAUUGCUGACUCAACAUUUCCUGAAGAAGUGUCUGAAGUGUCUCGACUGAUCCGUUAUCCCAGGCAGAACAUAGUCUACCAGGCCUUCUCGCCACCCUCGAUCCCCGGUCUGCUGUCUGGCCAUGGCGAUCGUCCCAAUGGUUUUCAGCAGAACUGCUUUGGUCUGGAUAUGACCGAUGUGGCCUGCACCCUGCUGAACUCGGCUGCUGCUCAACUGGAUCCCCCUGUGCACGUGGACGAGUUCACGGUGCGAACCAUCGCCCACGGUCUGUCCACAGCCAUGGACUUUACGUCAACAGAGGGGACUCCUCUAAUCGGACGCCGGGGCGUCGGUCGUCUCGUGGCAGCCCUUAUCCUGGACAGAGAGUCGGGCAUCCUUUUGGCGUACGCCGUGGCCCAACUGGUGCCCCAAGCUCUGGUCGACAGCGAGACUGGGCAGGUGAUGGGCAUGAUGCUACAUCAGGUAACUCGCGGAUUCGGCAUCGACGACAUUUGCCGUCGCAUCAUCACCGAAAAUACCGGACCCGUUCUCUUGGUGGUCAAUCAAAUCCCAAAUUAAAACUAAACUAUAAACUAUUUAAGCUUAAAUAAUAGUUUAUGAAAACCAAGUAAAAAGUGAAAAGUAAGAAGAUUUUUUCAAGUUGAGAAUGCCAAACUAAGAAUUCCUAAAAUAAUAUAUUACAGGUGUUUGAAUUGACUGAAAAAGAUUCAGUAUUAACAUGAUUUAAUUUUAUUCAGUUUUAAAAUAACUUAAUUUUAAUGCGAUGUGCCUUGUUCUUAGAAAAUACGUGCUCGUUUCUUAUCC